UUCAGAAUUUCGUGACUACACUUGUGCCGUAUUCUGAUGUUUAGUAUAAAAUAAUCUUGUGUGCAAAGAUUAUUUCUUGUUGCUGGGAUAUAGAAAACAGAGUUGCUGUUAUAAACACAUUCUGUGUAAAGCACUUUCUGGUUAAGAUAAAUGUUGGACUGUCGUUAUUUCAUUCAGCCCUCAGAAAUGGUAACAUUUGCACAAUUUCUUUCCAGACUCGUUACCCCAUGUUGGAGAACCCAGAGAUUUUGAGGAAAACAGCUGAUGACUUUCUUAAUAGAGUGGCGUUGACAGAUGCUUACCUUUUAUACACACCUUCCCAAAUUGCCCUGACAGCCAUUUUAUCUAGUGCCUCAAGGGCUGGAAUUACUAUGGAAAGUUAUUUAUCAGAGAGUCUUAUGCUGAAAGAGAACAGAACUUGCUUGUCACAGUUACUAGAUAUAAUGAAAAGUAUGAGAAACUUGGUAAAAAAGUAUGAACCACCCAGAUCUGAAGAAGUUGCUGUUUUGAAACAAAAGUUGGAGAGAUGUCACUCUGCUGAGCUUGCGCUUAAUGUAAUUACGAAGAAGAGGAAAGGCUAUGAAGAUGAUGAUUAUGUCUCAAAGAAAUCCAAACAUGAGGAGGAAGCAUGGACUGACGAUGACCUGGUAGACUCUCUCUAACCAUUUGAAGUUGAUAUUUCAGUGCUAACUAAUCAAGAGAAGAAGGAAGCACAUCUGGCAUUUAACUUUAUUUUAAAAGUAUAGUGUGAAAACAUUAAAAUAUAUUAAACUUUAUUUAUGGUAAUUUUAAACAUGUUCCUUUCACAGGAGCUUUAUGUGAAAUAAAAUAGCUUCAAAGAAGCCAUAAUA